UGCAAUGCAGCAACAUCUUGGAGACGGAGUCUGGGUGACGGUUGAUUCCUCAGAACCAAUAAGGUUUCUUUAUUCAAAUGAUUCAAAUCGAUUCAAUUCACAUCCUGUGCUUGUUCCUCCUUUCUCUCAACUAUGCUUCGCAACCUUACAGUACUCAAGCAAACCCCACUUUUGCGCACAGCCGCACGAUCUACUGCAGCGGUUUCUUGCCGCUUCAUGUCGUCGCGUGCGGAGCCUAGUGCUACAUCCGCCAUGUCAUUCAAGAAGCAUUUGCGUCAGCGACGUUUCGGUCCUGUGCCUGCUCCCCCACCGAGUGUUGAGGAUGCUGUGACAAAUAUCCUUUAUAACACUCCAGCACCGAGCCCCGCUCCGGAAACACGACAUAUCUUGAACUGCUUGGUGCAGAACGAACCUGGUGUGCUGAGUAGAUUAUCUGGUAUUCUCGCGGCAAGAGGAUUCAACAUUGAGUCGCUUGUGGUUGCCAACACGGAGGUUCCCGAUCUCAGCCGUAUGACAGUUGUAUUUAAUGGACGCAAUGUGCAAAUUGAACAGGCGAGACGUCAAUUGGAGGAUUUGGUGCCUGUUUGGGCUGUCUUAGAUUACACAAAGACCAAAUUAAUUGAGCGCGAGUUGCUUCUGAUCAAGGUGUCGAUUCUCGGUCCUGAAUAUCUGCAUGAGCAACUGCCCACUGCUCGAUUUGAUGCCGAUGCGCGAUUUGAGGAUGAGAACUUGUCUCGCCACGAUGAGAACCCAAGAAUUCCACCUUCGGAAACUUUGCGAGAAACAUUUUCCCAUCUUCGAGCUCUCACUGAGUUGACCCGUUUGUUCGAGGGCAGAGUGGUUGAUGUUUCCUCUGAUUCUGUCGUCAUCGAAGUGUGUGCAAAGCCCGGUCGUAUUUCCUCAUUCAUGAAACUCUGCAAACCUUUUGGUAUCCUUGAAGCAUCUAGAACUGGUGUCAUGGCAAUGCCACGCUCCCCUGUUCACGAUCAUUACGAGCCGCAAACAGAGCACUCUUUCGAAGAAGAGAAUGAUGCUGUCGAUGCUACUAUGCUUCCCCCCGGUUAAGCGAAGAUCAUUUGUAUUUUCUUUUUCUAAUUCUUAGAUUUGCAUUCUGGAUUUUUUUCUCAUUAAAUCAUCAUUGGCUAUUACUGGAUUUCAGAUUUUUUGAGACCACCAAAAUACCAUGGGAGAUGUAUUAUGUCAUCCCUUUACUACAUUCUCUUGCAUUACCUAAUUUGAAAAGCCAAAAACAUAUUUUACUAUGAAAAAUUACGAGGUAAAAAAGAAAA